GGAGGUCCCCACCUCCAUGGGGUGGUUUCUGAUGCCCCCUCCUCUCCAUCCCUUGCAGUCUCCAGACCACAGACUUCCCCCGAGGAUCUGAAGGUGCUGAUGGGGAACGUCAACCGCCUCAACGAGAGCUUUCGGGACGUGCAGCUGAAGCUGCUGCACCUACCUCUGAAGGGGGACGUGCUGGAUCACAUCUGGAGGCUCCAGGACCUCCUGCAGAACCACUCGGACUCCUUGUUCCUCAUGACGGGGUCACUGCAGAAGCUGGAAGGGCUUCUCUGGAGCCUGAAGACCCAGGCCAGCCAAACUGACAAGGCAGUGUCCAACCUCUGGGACAGCUUGACCCAGCAGAGCGACGCGGCUCAGCAGGAGAUGUACAAGCUCUCCGUGGAAGGCAACAGCAGCCGGCUGCUGCUGCAGCACCACGACCACCUCCUGAGCCACCUGGGCAGCAGGGUGGAGAGCCUGAGCGACCAGGUGAUGGCCGUGAACGGAGCCAUGGACUCCAUGAACAGGACCUUCUCCUACGACGUGAACAUCCACCAUACCCGCAUCCAGGACCUGCAGGUGCUGAUCAGCAAUGCCACUGAAGAUGCUCGGCAGAUGCGCCUCAUCCACAUAGCCAUGGAGGAGCAGCUGAAGCACGAGCUGGCCAUCCUCAACAACGUGACGGAGGACCUGCGGCUGAAGGACUGGGAGCACUCAGUCGCGCUGAAGAACAUCUCCGUGAUACGGGGGCCGCCAGGACCCAAAGGAGACCAAGGCAAUGAAGGGAUGGAAGGUGAACCUGGUCUUCCCGGCCUGCCUGGGCUGCGAGGGCUACCCGGGGAGAGAGGACCACCAGGACCACGUGGCUUGAAAGGGGACCAAGGAGACCUUGGCCCUCCAGGUCCAGUGGGGAUGCGGGGAUUCAAAG